AAUACAUAUUCAUGUUUGAAACCACACAUAGUGCAGUGUGAGCGGCUGUCGAGCCAACAUUGCAUUGCCCGUAAACAAGCGAGCAGCGUUAUCUGUCGGUUUGAAUACCCUAUACAGGUAGCCACCCAGCCAGUCACCCAGCCGUUCACCGCUGUGACUCUGACAUACUUGUACUGCAUUGAAGACAGGUGUGGGCGAGCUCCACCGAUAUGACGGACCUUUGAAACAUUCGCCACUGUUCGUUGAAUCAGGAUGUUACGUGGUCAGUGCACCAGCAACACCUAAAGAUACCCUGUAUGUGACCAAACAGUUUUAGCCAGCACAACCUCCCAGUGAAGGAAUCCCCGCUUCAGCAUGAGACUGUACUGCACCGCAUUCUUAUUCCUCGCCCUGACCCAGCUAAACGGGGUUGUAGCACAGGAAACAACACCAGACAUUACGGAACCAACGGUGCGUCAAACAUUAUACAUUAAGGAUAACAAAGUUCUUUUGGCUUGUGAAGCCAAGGGCGACCCUGUCCCUACGUACAAAUGGUAUAAAGAUGGGACCAUAAUCGUCUCUGAUAGUAUCACGCAGGUAGAUUCUGUCACUGGCAAUCUCACCAUACCCAGCUUCACCAACAGAGAAGAGGGUAAAUACCAGUGUGGGGCGCAAAACACCGUCAACACACAGAUCAAUCCAGUAGCCGUGUCUCCCGUCAUCCUUGUCAGAGAAGUUUCUCUUGGUGCCAACUGGCCUGUCGUCCCUACUGAAUCCAUACAGAAAAACGAAGGUGCCUACGCGAAGCUGCUGUGCACAGACGUUCCGGAAAGUGUCCCAAAGGCUAAAUUCAGCUGGUUUUUGGAAGAAACAGCCGGUGCUAAAAAGCAAGUGGAGGAAGGCAGCAGAAUCCAUAUUGACGAUCAAGGGACUCUUCAUUUUAUCUACCUGGAGCCAAGUGAUCAGACAAACGUCAACCUGUACAAGUGUGCCAUAUAUAACAAUAUCCUCGACACCAUCCGACUGGGCAGUCCAAAGAGUCUGGCAGUUACUCCGGUUGCCAGUAAACCAUAUAUAAAGCCUAAACUCGAGUAUGAAACUAAACCUGCAGUAUUCCUACGGUCCCAGACAGCGGAGUUGGAGUGUGUGUACAGUGGAUUCCCCCUCCCAACAGUCACAUGGCAGAAGGACGGUAGCACCAUCUCAGCAAGUACUAAAUACGCCUUCGACAAGGACAACAGGAAACUGAAGAUAUUAAAUCUGGUGGAGAAUGACGAGGGCAUGUACACAUGCAUCGGGACGAACUCUGCCGGCACAGUCCAAAUAUCCAUCUUUCUGGAUGUGACGUCUGGCCCAAUAUGGGAGAUGGCUUUAAGUGACCAAACUGUACCAGCAGGCAGGGAUGCCGUCUUUUACUGUAAGUCCCGGGCUGCCUUAGGGGAGGAUCUCCUUCCCCAACCCGACUGGUACAUCAAUGGGAAUCCAAUUGACAUACAAAAUCCUCCAGGUAACGGCAAAUUUCAGUUCAGUGAUGGCGGAAAGGCGUUAACCGUCAUAGGUCUACAGAAACCGGACGACAUCCAGUGUUUCCAAUGCAACGUGAGCAACACAAUAGGAUAUGAGUUUGCUAAUGGUUGCCUCAACAUCAUUGAACCAAUCGUAAUAUCUGAGCGUCCCCCGCCAGUUCAGGAAAUCGCGAAGGGCGAUCGCGUGAACCUGACAGUGAAAGCUACAACUGAUCCAGGCUAUACUUUGAGAGAGAGAUGGCACUUCAAGAAUCAAACCUACGAAAACAAUCUGCCUCCCCAUGUGAUUUACAACACGGCCACCCAGGAAGCCUAUAUCGACACGUCAGGUCUCACUGACGCUGAGUUUGAAGGGGUCAUUGGCACAUACUACCGGGAACUGUAUCACCAAUACGAAAGCUACACUGUAACAAUUGAAGUCAAACCGAAGGGUGGAGAUGGUGGCCUUGCAGCCGCAGCCUUCCCGUGGUGGUGGAUCGUAGUGGUCAUACUCCUCCUCAUCCUCCUCAUCGUUAUCUUCCUCCUCUGCUUCUGCUGCAAGCGGAAACAGGAUGAAGGCGCCUACAAAGUCUAUGCAAAAGAGGUGAACGCCGUCUACCUUGACCCGGACCAAGACUUAGAGGACCACAAGUUCCACAAUGUUGCCAGAAUAGAGCUUGAGGAAGACGAUACGUUCACCAAGAAGAAACGACCAGCCAGUAACGCUGCUUACGAGGUCAAUGAUGAUGAGCCUGACUCAACGGAUAAUUACAGAAAUAGAAGAGAUCCUAGUGGUAAAUAUAACGCCGGUUUUUUCAGUGACGACGCCCGUUAUCCUAAUGCUGGACGAUAUGCACAUCAAGAAAGUCAAGCUUAACAUCAAGAUCAAGAAACCUUAGCAUAGCAUUAUCUACUGGAUACAAUGGCAUCCAUUACGUUCAUUUAUCGAUGGGUGCAGUGUAAUUACAUCCAAUGUGUCUUCAAUGAUAUUCUCUCACCCACCUGACAAUGGUACAGAAACAGUCAUGCUGGAAACCUUAUCUUGGUAGAUCCGCCUCCAUCAUACACCUUGAACUUUAUGAGGAGAGUCAUACACCAAAUCAUGACUUAAACGUAGACUAGAUUGCCAAUCUAUCUGGACUAACAUGUUAAAGAGGGAAUCAUUAACAAGAUGACACCCGGUGUCAUAAGUGUGUAGAAUCUCAACAAACAUAAUGACAAAGACAGGAGUGCGAUGAUUCAAGUAAAACAUACGCGCACAGAUUCAUCCAGUGUGAUUCAAGACUCGAUUCAUUUAUUUAGACGUCUGUGCUUUACAAUACGUACUUCCUGAGAAGUAGUCAGGGCCCUUAUUCUCGAAGCGUUCGUAGCGCUACGAACUUUUUAAGCCCAUUCUUAACACAUUGGCUACGAUCAAAGUUAAGAAUUCUUAGGGCUAGAAUAAGGACCCAGGUUCAUAGUUGCAGAGUAAAGUGAAAGUGUAUUUAAGACACCAGAUGUCUGACGACGAUAAUGUAUCAACUCUAUUGUUGUAAUGAGAGCAGGAUAUGCUGAACCAUUUCCCGAACACCUGGUGUCAUCACCGAUUUUCAGUGAUCGAUUCAUAUAAUUUUCAUCUCUAAAAUGUCUCUUACAACCAAUGAAAUCUGUUUUGGCUUGUAACUGAGACAAAUCGCCAUUGUCUGGCGUUGUAUUGAAUCACAUGUAUUACCAUCUGUAAUACGUUUGAUCAGGUUUAUCAGAUAUACCUGACUUUCAAACCCGUAUAUACCCGUAUUGGGACGUUGUUAUCAGUGGUCAAAUUUUGCUUCAAUUUUUGGGUUCGUCUGCAAUUGAUUCUAAGUGUGAAAUAAUACUCGACAAUUCUGGUUAUCAACUAACUCAUCGUCUAGUACGCUUGUCUACCUUAUAGUAGUCAUCUUUUAUAAACAUUAAAAAGCUUACUAAAUAUAUAAUCUUACUAGAUGUUGUAUACAGUCACAGUGCCUAUUAACAUGCACCUGAAAUAUGUAACACACUUACAAAAUGCAGACUAGCUACUCAUUUUGUUUUAUCAGAUUGCUGAUCUCAAGAAACCAACAGGCUAUGAAAAUUGUAUUGAGGCGUUGGAACGGUGAUACAAGCUACAGUAUUAUCUGUGGAUUUGAAUACAUUUGGAAGUUAAUAAGUGUCAUUCGUUGAAACAGUCCUUUGAUCGUUGUAUAUAAUGUAUCUUUACCAUUUACCAUUAACAAUCAUCGUGUCUAUUCAUAAGCGGAGAUAAUUCUGUUUUCAAUAAUGUGUUCAGUAGAACAUAUGUCUGUCUCUUUAAUAUGUCUCGCUAACCAUAUAGCAAACAAAUCACUUCUCCCUGCAAGUCGUGUACGUAUCAUUUAGCAUUUGAUUUGUGUAUCUACGUGUGUUUGUAUGUUGAAAACACGUUUGUUUCAUGUCCGUAAGUAAGUCCCUGGAAUAUAGUAUAAAUCUACAUUCUGGCAUUAUGCCUAUAUAUAAAUCUUCAAGGUUACGUAUCUAUUAUGUUUGUGUAGAGACAUAUAUUUUCUUCGAUAGCAAUGUCAUCCUUUCAAUGUAUAUCCUAAUGUGACGACAUUCCUUGGUGUGCAUGACAUUUAACAUUUAUGGAUUGAAGGCUAAUUAUAUAAUUCUUCACAAGAAAACGAGUUUUGAUUAAUGUGUGCUUUGAUAAAUGACUCGAACGAAUCUUCUAUAGCUUGCUGUUCGCUUCUAACAUGGCCUGGCAACUGUCUUACUGCCUGUUUAUCUAGAGAGGCCCCUGCUGCCCCAGCAACCUGCACAGAUGGACUAGUGGGUACUCAUCGGCACGGUGAAAACUAAUACUACUAGUGCAACGGGUACCUCUUGUAGUUGAACAACUAACGGCAGAAAAGCACUACUUACAAGUUCAUGUAGUAAAACAUAAUUCAUCAACAAGACAUUUACAACUUCUGCAAGUGGGAAAGUGAGUUUUACAAGUGACAAUACUCACGGAAACGAACAACCGCCGCUUUGACAAACAACGGCGACUCUCCAACUACAACUUCUACUGUGCCAUGAGAGUUUAAACACCAGCCCGUGUAUCUGCUGUCAUGACUUCACUGCCUCUAUAUACUGUAACUACUGCAUCGCUUAACACCUAUUGGAACUAGAUCAUGCUAUACAUCAACGGCAAAUACCAGGUUCGGUACAUCUACCACAAGUGCAUCGUUCCGCUCAUCUAGUGCAACGGCUUACAUCUAGUGUAAUGACUUCACGGCUUACAUCUAGUGUAAUGACUUCACGGCUUACAUCUAGUGCAACAACUUCUCGGCUAACGUCUACUGCAACUUGAAGGUGAUGUACAUCCACAACAGCGAUUAAGCUCGUCGCUCCGUUCAUCUGCUGCAAUUUCUUUACGGAUUACACGUGCUGCAACCACUUCCUGGGGACAAUCUACUGCAACCACUUCUUGCCGAUAAUCUACUGCAACCACUUCCUGCGGAUAAUCUACUGCAACCACUUCAUGCCGAUAAUCUACUGCAACCAAUCUACUGCAACCACUUCAUGCCGAUAAUCUACUGCAACCACUUCCUGGGGAUAAUCUACUGCAACCACUUCAUGCCGAUAAUCUACUGCAACCAUUUCCUUGCGAUAAUAUGUUGCAACCACUUCAUGCCGAUAAUAUGCUGCAACCACUUCAUGCCGAUAAUCUACUGCAACUAGUAUAUGCCGUACUGUUACAUCUACUUCAUGUGUUAAGAUUGGUGCUGUAAUCAACUAUGCAAAUUAUAUCAUAUUAUUGUUUGAUUAAUCAUGACAGGUUGUAUCCUUGUUACAUAGACCUAGUUCUGUUUCUUGGUUAUAUGUUUGUAUGUAUGUAUAUAAUAAAUAUUUGUACACUGCCAUCAGGUUAAUUUUGUGCCCUCCGUGUAUAUUUACUGUUAUUUAUUACAUGUUAUCAUACACGUGCGAAAGGUGUUAACCUCCAGAUGACAUCGUAGUGCUGAUUGUCUGUUUUAGAUGUUUCAUUUUCACCAAUCAUUGUGCAAUGCUUCGUAGGCUUAAGGUCAAUCAGUAUUACUCCGCAUGAUAGCUUUAUUUCCACGAUGUGUAAGUUCAUUCUCAGACCUUUCUUAUCAACUAUACUUCCAAACGCGUUAUUCAAAUAAACCUGAUUUGUUACAUUUUUA